AUGGCGCACCUGUGCCCGCGCUACCCGCAGCGCGCGAUGUUCCUCGCCGCCGCGCGCGGGCGCGCGCGCGUGCGGCGGAUGAGCGCCGCGCGCGCCGCGCUCGCGGUCCCGGAGCCGCACCGGGGCGGCGCGACGACGAGAUCCGAGGACGCGCGACGCGAAAACGUCGACGUCGCCACGGCGUCGAACAACGUCGUGCCGUUCCGACGGAAGCUCCCGGAGACGGUCCCGGACGCGCCGCCGGCGUCCGCGGAAGAAGUCAACAUCGCGGCACCCGCGAUCUCACCGCGCGAACGAUCGAUCGAACCUUCUCUUCCUUCAGUGCGCGCGCUCGCGUCGUUCAUCACCGCGGCGGAGCGCCUCCUCGUCAUCACCGGCGCCGGGUGCUCCACCGAGAGCGCGAUCCCGGACUACCGCUCCCCCAAGGGCGCGUACUCGACCGGGUUCAAGCCGAUGACGCAUCAAGAUUUCCUCCGCGCCGACGGCAACCGCAAGCGCUACUGGGCGCGGUCGUUCGUCGGGUGGAAAAAAUUCGCGGAGGGGACGUCGCCGAACCGCGCGCACGUCGCGCUCGCCGCGCUCCAGCGCGAAGGCCACGUGUGGCGGCUCAUCACACAGAACGUGGACAGGUUACAUCACGCCGCCGGGAGCGAGGACGCGCUGGAGCUGCACGGGACGACGCACGAGGUGAUCUGUUUGAACUGCGACGACGUCACGCCGCGGACGCGGAUGCAACGACGGCUGAUCGAGCUCAAUCCGACGUUUUUAGGGAGCACCCUUCGCGACGCGGAGGACGUCGUGAAGAGACAGAACCCGGACGGCGACGUCGAGCUCGACGGCGGCGUCGAGAAGACGUUUAAACUCCCGACGUGUUUGAAGUGCGGGACCGGGACGCUGAAGCCGAAAGUCGUGUUUUUCGGCGACUGCGUCCCGGCGAAAGACGCGAGCGUCGCGAAAGCGUGGAGCGAGCGCGCGGACGCGGUGCUCGUCGUCGGGUCGUCCGUGUCCACGUUCAGCGCGUACAAGCUCGUGAAGGAGGCGGUCACGAGAGGCGCCCCGGUGGCGAUACUCACCAACGGCGACACGCGCGUCGACGACGUCGCGGAUUUGAAAGUGCGCGCGGUCGCGGGCGAGACGCUCUCACGGAUUCUCGACGUCGUUCGCAGAGAGGAGACGUACGGGUACUGA